UUCAGGAGUAGCAGGGUGCUCACGAGGUGCAGGCGCAGGCCACACCCAGGGAGGAGCAACUAGUGCCCUGCCUAGGGAUUCAAGCCAGUGGAAAAGCGGCCCCAGGGCCAGACUACAACCCCCAGGCUCCCCUCGCGGCCGCACGUGGUCCCGCAGCCCCUGAAAGAAAAGUGCAACAGCUUGGCUCAGUGGAAACCGCGUCCCCCGUGCAUAGGAGCAACAGGGUGGCUAAAGUGAGCGUGGUGCCAACCGGAGGAGCAAAGGUAGCCCUUCCAGAAGCUCGAUGGCCUUCCCUAAGAAGAAACUCCGAGGUCUUGUUGCUGCCACCCUCACCCCAAUGACCGAGAAUGGAGAAAUCAACUUUCCUGUAAUUGGUCAGUAUGUGGAUUACCUGGUUAAAGAACAGGGCGUGAAGAACAUUUUUGUGAAUGGCACCACGGGAGAAGGCCUGUCCCUGAGUGUCUCUGAGCGUCGCCAGGUGGCAGCGGAAUGGGUGACACAGGGGAGGAACAAGUUGGACCAGGUGGUAAUUCACGUGGGAGCACUAAGCUUGAAGGAGUCACAAGAACUGGCCCAACAUGCAGCAGAAAUUGGAGCUGAUGGCAUUGCUGUCAUUGCACCUUUCUUUUUCAAGUCACAGAGCAAAGAUGCCCUGAUAAGUUUCCUGAGGGAGGUGGCUGCUGCGGCCCCUGCUUUGCCUUUUUAUUACUACCACAUUCCUUCCUUGACGGGGCUGAAAAUUCGUGCAGAAGAGCUGCUUGAUGGGAUUCAGGAGAAGAUCCCCAGCUUUCAAGGACUGAAGUUCAGUGACACGGAUCUCUUAGACUUUGGGCAGUGCGUGGAUCAGAAUCAGCAGCGACAGUUUGCUUUGCUGUUUGGGGUAGAUGAGCAAUUGCUGAGUGGUCUGAUCAUGGGGGCAAAUGGAGCCGUAGGCAGUACCUAUAACUACCUGGGAAAAAAGACAAACCAGAUGCUGGAGGCUUUUGAACAGAAAGACUUCACUUCAGCCCUCAAUUACCAGUUUUGUAUCCAGAGAUUUAUCAACCAUGUGAUCAAACUCGGUUUUGGAGUGUCACAGACCAAAGCCAUCAUGACACUGGUCUCUGGGAUUCCAAUGGGCCCACCCCGGCUUCCUCUGCAGAAAGCCACCCAGGAGUUUACUGCUAAGGCUGAGGCCAAGCUGAAGAGCCUGGACUUCCUUCCUUUCCCUGGUAUAAAGGAAGGGAACGUGGGAGCCUGCAGCUAGGGCCUGUUAAGUCUGGUUAUGUUUACUGAGACUUCACCCAUCUUCAAUAGUACAUUCUCUUCUCAGGGACUUUUUAGAUGAUUUUGAGCUAAUCUUUCUUUUAGCAAAUGGAAUCCCACACUAAUAAAUAUUUAAAUAACAAAUGUGGUUGUUUUGUUUAUCAAGACAGGGAUUCUCUGCAGAGCCCUAGCUGGCCUGGAAUGCACUCUGUUGACCAGGCUGAUCUUGAACUCAGAGACCUGCCUACCUCUGCCUGCCUCUGCCUCCUAAAUUCUGAGAUUAAAGGAAUGUACCAGUACAGUCACCCAGCCUAAAUAUCAAUUAUGAACCUAAAAAUGUUUGCAUUAUAAAAUGUUAGACCCUGAAUUUCUUGUAAACAACUUGUUUUCCUCUGCUCUGAGCAUGAGACCCUAAUGGCAGGCUGGUGGGGCUGCAGUUGAAAGAUACUGAGAGCUGGGGGCGUGGCCAGAGCCCUAUAUAAGCUGCCCCUGAGCACAAUAAAUUGGCAUUCUUGGCAUUUUUAUACCAGAGAUGACCCGGGUCCCCGUGUCACUGUCUGUGUGCGUGUGUUUUUAAGUCUUCAGCUUAGAUCCCAGCUCACGUACCAUCCCAUAGUACAGGUGCUACAAUAAAGAAGUCAUAAGCCAUAAGUUAUUAAUUUCACAAAAUAAUUGUAGAGAAAUAUCUGGUUAUAUAGAUGAAAUGGGACCAAGUGAAAACUGUAAUAAUAAUUACAAUUAUUAAUUAUGUGAAUUCAUAUAAUUACUAUUAUAUUGAAUACUGUAUUAAUUAUAUGAUUGAUUAAUAAAUUUCAUCUGC